CUACUACAACUAGUAGUAGUAAGCUUUCCCCAUUUCUCUCUCCCUCCUCACCUAUUACUCGCUGGCCGUCGCCGGAAGUCACCGGAGUGGAUCCAUGUUACUCUGCAUUUAGGGUUUCUACACUCUCCGGACUGUUAACAGAGCUCAGGUGGGUAUCAAUCUAUUUCAUGUUACAGCAGAGCCGAUGGAUUUUUUCACUAAGUUCACAAAAACCCGUAAACCUAGUCUAGAAAUAGGUUUGGAGAAUGAAUCUGAAACACCCAAGGAUGAAAAUGUUCAUUGUGAAGCUGAUGUGGGGGAGGAAGAUGAAGAUGAUGAUUUCAUUACUAAUGAGGUAAAGAGGAGAUUGAAAGAAUUGAGAAGAAAUAGUUUUAUGGUGUUAAUACCUGAAGAAUCAUCGAGUAUGGAAGGAGAGGAUGAAGAAGAUGAUGAUUUGGAGGUUGAAAUGAACUAUAACGAAUGCAGGAGGAGGAACUUAGAAGAAGAUAAUCAACUACAUGCCUUCCAUAUGUUUGAUAAAAUGUAUGAUAAAUAUUGCGAUAGGAUGCUGGUUUUUGAUCGUUUGAGUUCUGAACAUUUGAAGUUAGUUGGUGGCUUUAAUGGUGUUCCUUCAACUCCAUCACCAAGAUCCGGAUCUAAGAAACUUGCAUUACCCUUUCGCUGUCUUUCGUUGAAACCUGAGGCUGAAUAUGAAACAGAACAGCUGAUUGAUCUUCAUCAGGAUCUUGAGACAUCAUAUGUGUCUCAAAUAUGUCUUACAUGGGAAGUCCUCCAUUCUCACUACACUCAAUUAUCCUGCCAAACUGAACAAUCAAUCCAUUACAACUACAUAGCCGAGCAGUUUCAGCAAUUCCAAGUUUUGCUUCAAAGAUACAUAGAAAACGAACCUUUUGAACAUGGUUCAAGGGUUGAAAUUUAUGCUCGGGCUAGAAAUUCAAUGCCAAAAUUGCUUCAGGUUCCUGAUAUACGAGUUUCGGAUUCGAGAGGUUUGGAGGUGGAGCAGUCGGAUUUGUGUGUUGCAGCGGACAAUUGUUUUAUCCGUGUAAUUGAAAGUUCCAUCAUGACAUUUCAAUUGUUCUUGAAGUUCGAUAAUAAAAAAUCUAGUGGAGGGCGUAACCUGUUUGGAGGAGGAGCUCAGAACCAGAUGGCUAUCCCAAUUCGAGAGAUUCGUUCUUCUGUGGAACAGAAGCAACUUAGACUGAAAGAGUUGAGAAAAAGAAAGAAAAGUUGGAAGAAGAAAUCAUGGCCCACGACAGGAGAGGAAGUGGAUCUGCUUUUCGGGCUUAUUGAGAUUAAACUAUUGCUAAGGGUUUUAAGGACGGAGAAGAUAACGAAGGAACAGUUGUUAUGGUGCGAUGAAAAAAUGAAGAAGAUCGAAAUUUCAGAUGGGAAGUUGCAGAGGGAUCCUUCACCAAUCCUGUUUCCUUGCUGAUCAAGUGUAUGAAUUCCUUUCUCUCUUGAAUCAUAAGAACAAAAGAAGCUUAUUCCCUUA